AUGGCCAGUACUUCUUUGAUCUCACUCAUGCGGGCAUCCUCUGACACACUUCCCCCCUCGGCUAGUUCUUUACCUUUUGGUGCUCCUAAAGCAGCUGAAGUUCUUCUGUCGUCAGCCUCUCUCUGUGCUCAUCAAGAAAGGGAGACAAUCAGUAGCGUUGCUAGUUUAAAUUUCUCUUACUAUCUUACUUUUUUAUUUCUCCUCUGCCAUUUCCAUCUUUUUUUUCUCCUAUCAUAUUAUUUUUUCUUUUUGCCUGGUUUUAUGUUUCUCAAUUUUAUUUUAUUUUUCAUUUUUCACUUUUCUUUUUUAAAUCCUCAGCCAUCUUCUUUUUUUCCUACCUUUGUAAUUACUUUUCCUCCUUUCUCUUUCACCUUUCUUUCUUUGUUUUCUCCUUUUUCACUUACCUAUUCUUUUUUCUUUCUAUACUUUAGUUUUCAUUCAUUCUUUCUUCUUUUUAGUUUUCAUUCCUUCUCUUUCUUUCUACAUUCAUUCCUUCUCUUUCUUUCUACAUUCAUUCCUUCUCUUUCUUUCUACAUUCAUUCCUUCUCUUUCUUUCUACAUUCAUUCCUUCUCUUUCUUUCUACAUUCAUUCCUUCUCUUUCUUUCUACAUUCAUUCCUUUUCUUUCUUUCUAUAUUCAUUCCUUCUCUUUCUUUCUAUAUUCAUUCCUUCUCUUUCUUUCUACAUUCAUUCCUUCUCUUUCUUUCUAUAUUCAUUCCUUCUCUUUCUUUCUAUAUUCAUUCCUUCUCUUUCUUUCUACAUUCAUUCCUUCUCUUUCUUUCUUUUACAUUCCUUCUUUCUUUCUACAUUCAUUCCUUCUCUUUCUUUCUACAUUCAUUUCCUUCUCUUUCUUUCUACAUUCAUUCCUUCUCUUUCUUUCUAUAUUCAUUCCUUCUCUUUCUUUCUACAUUCAUUCCUUCUCUUUCUUUCUACAUUCAUUCCUUCUCUUUCUUUCUACAUUCAUUCCUUCUCUUUCUUUCUACAUUCAUUCCUUCUCUUUCUUUCUACAUUCAUUCCUUCUCUUUCUUUCUACAUUCAUUCCUUCUCUUUCUUUCUAUAUUCAUUCCUUCUCUUUCUUUCUACAUUCAUUCCUUCUCUUUCUUUCUAUAUUCAUUCCUUCUCUUUCUUUCUACAUUCAUUCCUUCUCUUUCUUUUACAUUCAUUCCUUCUCUUUCUUUCUACAUUCAUUCCUUCUCUUUCUUUCUACAUUCAUUCCUUCUCUUUCUUUCUACAUUCAUUCCUUCUCUUUCUUUCUACAUUCAUUCCUUCUCUUUCUUUCUAUAUUCAUUCCUUCUCUUUCUUUCUACAUUCAUUCCUUCUCUUUCUUUCUACAUUCAGUGUUAUUCAUUCCUUCUUUUUUAUAAUCACCUUAUUUCUUAUUCAUUUUCUUUUUACUCUUUUCUUGUUCUCAAUUUUCUUACAUUAUUCAUUCAUUUUCUUUUCUUCCCAUUCACCUUCCUUUAUUUUUGCCAUAUUUUCUUCUCAUAUUGCAAUAAAUAAAAUGAUUGCCUUUAUAACGAGGCAAAGAGAAAUUUUGUUUCAUAUAAACACCAAUAAUCAGAAAGGAAAUUAUUAUUUUUUUCCAAAAAUCCAGGCAAUCUUGAUUACUCAUUAUGUUGCUACCUCUCUGGCUGACUCAACUCAGCUCAUUGAUAAUGGCUAG